AUGUUUCCCGAUUCCGUUCCACGGCUCAUCUUUGGUGCUGCAUCAUUCGGCGAUGCCUUUCGCGAGCCAGAAAAUGUCCAGUCUAUCCUCGAAUUGCUCAAGUCUCACGACAUCAAGUAUCUUGACACAGCUGGCCGCUAUCCGCCAACAAACCCAGGACGCUCUGAGGAGUUGAUCGGUUUGGUGAAAGCCGCGCAGCAAGGGUUUACGAUCGAUACCAAGAUCCUUGCUGGUACUGGAGAUGGAAGCGGGGAAUUGGCACGUGAGAACAUUGAGAAAAGUGUGUCUACGAGUUUAAAGAGACUGGGAAUCGAGAAGAUCCAUGUGCUCCACAUUCAUCGUCCCGAUCCCCAAACCCCUUUGGAAGAACAGGCUGCGGGUCUUAAUGCUAUGCAUAAGCAGGGCAAAUUUACAGCUCUCGGAGUCUCCAACUUCUUCCCUCAAACACUCCGAGACUUCCUUGCCGUCUGUGACAAGAACGGCUUCAUUAAACCCACUGUCUACCAAGGCGACUAUUCCAUGAUAAAUCGUGGCAUGGAAAAGCACCUUCUUCCCAUCCUCCGAGAACACGGCAUAGUAUUCAACGCUUUCCGGUCUCUCGCCUCCGGAUUUUUGUCAGGCUCAGUUACGUCAGGUGCAAUAGAGGGAACUCGUUUCGGCGGCGAUGGUAGGGUAAGCCAAUACAUGAACAAGAUCUACUCCAACGAGCCUCUACACAAUGCACAGAAAAAGCUAGCUGAAAGUACCAAAGAGAUUGGCAUCUCUCCCAUUGAAGCAGCGCUGCGAUGGGCAAUGUAUCAUUCAGCGCUGCAGAAGGGGGACGGGAUUAUCUUGGGAGCGAGCAAGGAAGCACAGAUUGUGAACAAUCUUAAAAGCAUAGCCAAAGGUCCUCUUCCAGAGAGCAUAGUGACGGCUAUUGAGGAUAUUUGGACUGAGUUGAAGGCAGACAAGGAAGAGAAUUAUAUCUACUGA